AGUCAUGAUUUGGAAUCCCUUGGUCUCAAACAUUCCCUAUAUAAAUGGGCAAAAACCCUCAUCACUUAGAAACAAACAAAACACCAUAACCAUGGCAUCCCUAUCUCAAGUCCUUGGGCAGAUCUACACCAUGGUCAUGCUCUUCUUUUCCAUCCUCCUCCUCGAGCUCGCCAUCCUCGUCUGUGGGGCCGCCCGUGCCUCAGCCCGCCGCUCCAUCACCACCGAUCAAUUCCUCAAAAUCGUCGACAAAAAGGCCCCCUCAGGGCACUACUCGGCAGCGGGGACAUCAGGCUUCCCCGCGGCCGAGUGCAGCGUUUGCCUCUCCCCUUUUGAAGAAGGAGAUGAGGUGAGGAAGCUCAAAUGCAAACACACUUUCCACAAAGGAUGCGUCGACACGUGGCUGCAGCAGGACUCCGCCACGUGUCCCCUCUGCCGCUGCCCGGUCCUCCCCGUCGACGUGGUGGUCAAGCACCGCAACCACCGGCUGAGGGAGUACUACGACGGCGGCGAUGAAGAGAUCAUGAUCAUGCUCUAUGCUUUACAUGGUAAUUUCUUGAGGAGAUUUUCUUGAUUUUUUUUUUAUAAUAAAUCUUGAUUUAGAAGAUUUUAUUUUAAUUACUUGGUAGGUAGUAUAUACACUAGCUAGAAACGAUUGUAAAUUUUUUUUUUAAAGAUGGAGAUGAAAUUGUUUACAUACUAAGACGUCUACAUCAUUUGUAUCAUGGAGAAGGAACUAUUGAAAGUUAGAAUUUGGUGUUUUAUCA